CCAGUAUCUUCAUCUUUCUUGCUAAAGAAGGAACUGAAACUCAUAACACCAUGGCCAAGAACGCUUCCUUGUUUGUGAAGAUGGCAGCAGUACUCUCACUUUUCCUGAUGCUCAUUGUAUUGUCAGAAAGCAGAGUCACCCUAAUCGACGGUGUCCAGAAGGCAAAAUCAGCCCUUGUGUGCAGCCAAGUUGUCGGUGUUGAAGCUGGCGAUGAUUGCACCAUCAUUAGCAAAGAGUUUGGGAUGAGUUUGGCAUCGUUUUUGGCAAUUAAUCCCAACAUCAAUUGUGAAUCCGUCUUUGUGGGUCAAUGGGUUUGUAUUGAUGGAAGUGCCUAAUUCAUCAAGCUCUAAAUCUAGUUGCAUGAAAUAUCCGAAUGAAUAAAUUUCUGGAUAGACUUGCGUUUGCUCCAGUUUGAUGAUAUUGCUUAAUUUGUACUACUAAAAUAAGAAAAAAAUAAUGAAUCUUUAGAUCGAUUCAUAUCAUAUUGUUAUGUUAUAUUGAAUGUAUUCUCAUUUUUCAAGAUUUGAGUAUAAUUCAUAUCAUAUUGUUAUGUUAUAUUGAAU